GGUGUUCCGCAGCUGUCUGUAACACCCGGAGCCUGCGGGCCGCUUCGGCCCCCAGAGAAGAGAGCCCGGCAUGGUACGCGCGGGCGCCGUGGGGUCGCAUCUCCCUGCGUCCGGCUUGGACAUCUUCGGGGAUCUGCGGAAGAUGAACAAGCGCCAGCUCUAUUACCAGGUCUUAAACUUUGCCAUGAUUGUGUCUUCUGCGCUCAUGAUCUGGAAAGGCCUGAUCGUCCUCACUGGCAGCGAGAGUCCCAUCGUGGUAGUGCUGAGUGGCAGCAUGGAGCCAGCCUUUCACAGGGGCGACCUUCUGUUCCUAACAAAUUUUCGAGAAGACCCGAUUAGAGCUGGUGAAAUCGUUGUUUUUAAAGUCGAAGGCCGAGACAUUCCAAUAGUUCACAGAGUAAUCAAAGUUCAUGAAAAAGAUAAUGGAGACAUCAAAUUUCUGACUAAAGGAGAUAAUAAUGAAGUUGACGAUAGAGGCUUGUACAAAGAAGGCCAGAACUGGCUCGAAAAGAAGGAUGUGGUGGGGAGAGCCAGAGGGUUUUUACCAUAUGUUGGUAUGGUCACCAUAAUAAUGAACGACUAUCCAAAAUUCAAGUACGCUCUUUUGGCUGUAAUGGGUGCAUAUGUGUUACUAAAACGUGAAGCCUAAAAUGAAAGGCAAUUCCUGGGACCAGACAGAAAUAAAUUCUGUUGAAAAAGAGAAAAGCUAAUAUAUUUGAAAUGUUCCACUUUCUGUAUAAAAGGAAACAAAGUGGAGACGUUUUUGUCUUGUUUGAAUAAACGAUUCAUCAGU